UCCUCGUGCCUCCAUAGUCCCCAACUACUCGUCGUGUGCCUUCUUCAAUGCUUCCGCUCCAGGAGCUCCAGUAGCAGCAGAAGUUGCCUGCAACAGCCGGGCCCACCACCGCCUCCUUCCCCCAACCAGCGUGAGCCCACCACCGCCCAUUGCCGCCGCGACAAUGGCGUCGCCGCCGGAGCCGGAGCCGGACGCCGGCGGCCUCACCGACUACGAGCGCCGCCGUGCGGAGAACAUCCGGCGCAACGGCGUCAUCCUCGACUCCCUCCGCCGCAAGGCCGCCGAGCUCUCCGCCAUCAUCCAGCUCUCGCGCCCCCCCACCAAGAAGCAGCAGCCCCGCGCGCGCCCCCGCGCCGCGCCCGCCGUCGUGCGCCGCUCCCUCCGCACGCAGGGCCUUCCUCCACCUCCCGCCUCCGGGCCAGCGCCAGCGCCACCUCGCCGCAGCACCCGGAUCACCCCGUCCCUCGCCUCCGCCAUCCUCGACGCCACCUCUCCCCCCGCGUCCGAGGCCAAGGUCCGCGACGACGGCUUCGACGCCAGGACGGAGCUGGUGCUGAGGCCCUCCAACGUGAGGAGGCUCGUGUCGGCGGACAGGAUACCGUCGUUGCGGAUCCUGCCGCUGGUGGACCGGACCGUGGUGGCGGCGGGGAGCAAUGUCGGGCAUGUUGGGUUCUGGGUCGUCGAUGACGAUGGUGACGACGCACACAGGGUGUUCGAGUAUAUGCCUCACCUGAGCUCUGUGGGAGCAAUCGUUGCACACGCAGCCAAGCCGCACAAGAUUUACAGCUGUAGUCACGGAGGUGAAAUAUGUCUUAUGGACCUUGAGAGAGAGAACUUUAAUAUUACCCGGCUGUCCGAAUUUCCUAUUUUGUCACUUUGUCAAGCGCCAAAUAGCCCCAGCUGUCUAUAUUUUGGUGAAGAAACAGAUGUGAAACUUUUUGAUGAUAGGAUUGGUAAGGUGUCAACCUCAUGGAAUGCACAUGCUAGCAGAAUCAACUCAAUAGAUUUUCAUCCAGAGAACACAUAUAUGUUGGCCACAAGUUCAAGAGAUGGAACUGCUUGUAUGUGGGAUUUGAGAACCAUGAAAAAGAAGGGAGCGGAGAGCUUGGUGGUUCUUGAACAUGACAGAGGUCUUCAGUCAGCUUAUUUUUCACCAAGCGGACAUAUGGUUGCAACUACAAGCUUAGAUGGUAUUGUCCGAGUUUUUAGUGUGGAUAACUUCGAAAACUUUCAUACAGUGGAGCGAAAUAACAAUAUCGGCACACAUCUUUCUACAUUCAAGGCAAUCUGGGGCUGGAAUGACAUGGACUUGUUUAUUGGAAAUGCGACACGUGCAAUAGAUGUUAUCUCAGUUGACCUGAAUGACAGUAGCAUCUCAACUACGAACAACGCAUGUCUCAAGAGCGAACACAUGGUUUCCAUCCCAUACCGAUUUUCUGCGCACCCAUGUAAAGUUGGUCACCUUGCUUGUUCAAGCUCCAGCGGCAAGGUGUUUCUUUGGACCAGAGCAUGAACCAACAAGGCUUCAAAUGACUGAUUCUUUUGACUCAACUUUUGGUAAGGUGUUAAUUUUGAUGGUUGCAACACCUAAGUCUUGUUUCAUACUCCCCAAGGCAUGAACAGAUGACUGAUAUAUUUAGAUGGAAGAGGAUCCUCUAAACUUCCCAUGGUAAAGCUAAGUUAGAGAAGCAUAGUGCUGUGAUUUUUGGGCACAUAUCAGUCAUCUCAUCUGAUAUGAGAUGGAUGGUUCUAGAUUCUCCUUACAGUGCUAUGCUACAGUGAAAACACUAACUUUUGUGUGCUACAGUGAGUCGGCAUAGAACCCAACACUGUGCGCUACCAUGCUCCUCUGACAGUUACUUCACAACAUCAGAGGAACCGGAUCCAUUUAGAUGGUGUACAUACAACUCGUAUAAUGGGUUAUAUCUCUAGUUAUUGCAAUAUAUUUGCACUGUCAAUGAUUUGGGCUGUCUAUUUAUCAGUUCUGUAUUUUUCUCCCUAUCUAUCGGUCAUUUCUUAACUGGUAGGAAUGCUUUCAAUUUGUGCACAGCUAUAAACCCCUCACUCAUGAUCAUCGGCAGUCAUGCCCUGCUACCCAUUAUACGAGAGUGAAUCAAAGAACCCAAUACUUAAGCUAUUUUCCACAUCACAUUAUAUUUGAGGGCAUCACCGGGAACCAGCCCAUCCCACCCUUCCACCCACAUCGCUCCUAGUUUCCCAAUCCGGUCACUUCACUGGAGGAAGAACCGCAUAAGGUUGAACUGUAGGAUCUGAGGGCUUUCAUUUGUUACCUAAAAUUUAGGAAAAUUGAUAUACAAAUGAAUAGCAAAGCCUGGAAAAACAAUGGCUGCGGAAAAGAGCUUUCUUUUUAUGAUGGAAAACAAUCCUUAAUCAUCUAACCCGAUAUUUUUUUUCGAGGAACCGACGGCAGAAGUUUCUUCUGCCGGAAUUUAUAGAAGAAGAGAAAUGGCCCAGUUAAUAAGGGAAACCGGGCCCAAAAACUGAACAAGUAAACGGGAAACCGGCAAAAACCUAUAAAAAAAGGAAAAGGAAGCAACUAUUAAGACCUCACAAAAGUCAUCGUUGCCGAGCUUGCCAAAGGCAAGCAGCUUCGACAACAUAAUGCACGAGGUCUCCAGAACCACCAAACAUCGUCUAAUGGAGUAGAAACCUUUUGAGCAAAGCCUUCAACAAGGGAACAUACAUCAAGAAUGCUGUCAACGUCUGUUCUAAAAGGAACCCGGUUUUCACUUGAAGGGAGAGAGAGCCAUCAUGACGAUGCCUUCAAGGAGGAAACGACACCCACAGGCGUCAAUAUCAUCACCCGAGACUCUCAAAAUGCUCCACCUCCAAACCCUCGUCGCAUUGCCUGGACGUCUGUUGAUGGUCAUCGUUGCCGAGCUUGCAAGACAAACAGCUCCGACUCUGCCUCAACAGUCAAUCUCAACAGUCAAUCACAUUGCAGUUCCACCAGAGACCACCUCACACACAGGAACCCAGCUACAGCAAACCUACGGCGCGGCCGACGACCAGCGAGGCAGGACGCUGGAAACCAACUCCGCAUGCCACCCCUACCGCACCAAGGAGCUCCCCAGCAUCGACUGGAAGUAGCCUAGCCUAAGAAGGGAGGAGCAGAGCGGGCGCCGCACCGCCGGUGAGCACCGGAAGAAGAACAACUGAAGAAGAGGAGAACCGGAUCUGGAGGAACAGGAGGGAGGGAGAUGGAGGCGUCAUCCCCGACGCCGACAAAACCGCAGCAGGUCGGCUGCCCUCGGCCAGGUCCGCGGCAGUCGGCGCCGUAGAGCCGGACUGGAGCCGCCGCCGACCGGACGCGAGCCGCCGCCGACCCGAUGCCGUCGUCGCCGACGAGCCCGUGCCGGAGAAGCCCGUCACCGGCCACCCGCCUACGCCUGAGCGGCGCCGGCGUCGACCAAGCCCGUCGCGGACACCCUGGCCAGAUUAGGAAGCGGGGCGACCGGAUCUGGCGACGCCGUCGCCCAUCGCCGGAGCCGCGGAGAGCCCCACCGCCGCGCCGUCGUCACCGUGGAGAGCCCCACCACCGCACUGUGGCCGCGCCGUCCCCGUCGCCACGACCUCGCCGUAGCCGCGACCUCGCCGUCCCGCCGCCAUCGUCGCCACGCCCGCGCCGGGGCGAGAUGGAGCCGAUGAGGAUGGCCCUGCCGCCGCCAUCCCAGCGCGUCGCCCGGCUUUGCCGGCGACGAGUUCCAGCGGCAGCGAAGCACGGGGGAGGGAAGAGGAGGGGCGGUGGCGGCUAGGGUUUUGCCCCCGAGCCGCCACGCGAGGGGGCGUAACCCAAUAUUUCGUAAGCUAUUUUUCACAAUGGUUGUUCUUGGACUGUACGAAGGAAUCAACAACAUUGAUUUUGUUUUCUCUGCAAAUACAUACACUACACCAUGCAUGAGUUUUUAUGGAGAUUAAAUUUUCUUUUCUA